GAUAUAAUUCAUUGUUAAAUUAAAGCUAUUUUAAAUUUAACUAAAUUCAAACAUAUAUAUAUAUAUAUAAAAAAGCAAUGUGAUUUAAUUAUUAAAACAAUUCUGCUAAUUGGAAUAUUUUUAUAUUCUUCUAAAUAAUAAAUUUCUUAUGUCAAAAUGUCCCUAGUUAAUUCGAAUUAUGAUUCGUCAUAUAAUAGGGAUAUUUUGUAUGGUAUAGUAUUACAUGAUAGCUCUAGUGUAGAAAUAGUAUUACAUACGACUAACUUCAAGAAAGUUUAUACGUAUGGAUUCGGACAUUACGAUACUGUAUUACGAUUCGAAUAGUUUACAUUCUGAAAUAGAAGAAGUGAGUGUAGUUUUAUAAUGGAAGGAGGUGGAGUACUUACAGCAGAACGCAGUCCAGCACGUGCAAAUUUGCAUGUAGCUUUUACUGAAAAAGGAGAGGUAAAGGAACGCAGGGAAAAAUUUUUAACAGCUAAGUAUGGAUCUCAUCAGAUGUCUCUUAUUCGUAAAAGACUUGCAGUUGAAAUGUGGUUGUUUGAUGAAUUAGAAAAAUUAUAUGAAUCAGUUAAUGAAAGUGGUAAAAAUCGAGAAGUUGAAAUUGAUAUAGAUGAACUUCUUGAUAUGGAUAGUGAUGAACAUAGACGAAGAUUUUUGCAAGAAUUACUAGUUGAUACAAAGAAACCACCACAUGAUAUAAAUAAAUUCAUUAAUGAUUUACUUGAAAAAGCUAAAACACUUUGAAGAAUUUCUGUGUUCUUCUUAACACUUGUGUUUAUAAGGACUUUUUUGAAGCAUUAAUAAAUUUGCUCAGAUUUGGAACGAGUCAAAGACAUAUUCAAGCCUUAAUGAGUUGCGCACAACUCGCGACUCAAAUGCCACUUUAUUAUACUUGGAUCAAAUUUAAUGAGGAAAAGAAAAAAAGAAAAAAUCCAUCAAAUGACUUUGCACAUUUUUAUUCUAGCGUAUAUUAUUUCAUAUUGAAAUCGUAAGCAUUAGUAUCUGACUUAUCUCAGUACAACGGCUAACUUUGUUAGUUAUUUAUGUGCGCAUCGCAUAUCAAGUAAUAAACCUCACAGUACACAGAA